AUGGCGUCUGUGCGCACGCGCUCAGCAUCCCCCAAGUCUGUUUCGUUCUCUCCUGUGCUAGAACGUAAAUACAGUGUCGAACGACCAGUGGAAAGACCCGAGUUAAGUGCUACGGAUUGGAGGAAAUAUUUUAGCGAUUUCAGUUCGUAUCUAGAUGCCCUACUCGCAGAUCUUCAGAACUCAAUAAAUCCGGGACGAGUAAGCAGUCCUGGUGGGAGAACUAAUUCACCAGGAGCUAGAACACAAUCCCCCGGCAGGACUGCCUCUCCUCUCGGGCGUGGGAGUUCACCUGGUCGCUUGAGCUCGCCUGGAGGCAGCCUUAGCUCCCCAACAUCGACCGGAUACGGCUCAAUUAAUGGCUCAAGAAAUAUUGGCUCAGAUUACGCAAAACCUGCUUCACCUACAUACCAAAAUACAACAACAGUACAUGAAAAGAUAACACCAGCAAAAUACGCAAGCUAUGGUCAUUCCCCUGCCUACGUAAGCCAGUCGCCUGGAUACACUGCUCAGUCUCCUGGCUACACGAGUCAGUCCUCUGGCUAUGGAAGGACAACUGGCCGCGGAAACUUAUCCGAAUUAGACACUCUAUUAGAUGACCUUAGUAACGCAAGAUACGGAAAUUAUGCGGAGAAGACGACGUAUACUGAAAGAAAUGAUGUAUACACGAGAACAAAUGGAGCGACGAGCCCAGCUUCCACCAGGCCUACGGUGGAUUCACUUCUCGAUCAACUCAGCACCGAUCUUCCUAAUGGUCGUGCGUCGGUAUCGCCGGUGCCGCCCUCGGGAACGCUACCACGCCCUGGCACUAAGCAGGUGACGGUGACGGUGCAAGAGACGGUAGUGGAGCCCGCCCAGCCUCCGCCCCCUGUACCAGCAGUCACCACCGUCAAACACCACCAUGCGUCCAGCGCGACCAAAGAACUGGACGAUCUUAUGGCUUCUCUAUCAGAUUUUAAGUCCGCUCCGUCCGAUCGGUUACUUACUGUAACCGGAGCAGCUGCAGUACCAGCUGAGAGCGGAACCCACGUGUAUCGGGAGAAGCACGCCUGGCAGGAGCAGUACCGCACCAACCCGCGGCAACCCGAAUCCGCUUCUCUGGAGCAUAUGCUCGGUUCCCUCCGAGCAGACAUGAGCCGCCAAGGAGUUCAAACACCCCAGAAGGGAUGCUGCAACGCGUGCGAGAAACCCAUCGUUGGACAGGUCAUCACCGCGCUGGGCCGCACGUGGCACCCUGAGCACUUCACAUGUGCCCACUGCAACCAAGAACUUGGAACGAGGAACUUCUUUGAACGUGAUGGAAGGCCAUACUGCGAACCCGACUACCACAACUUGUUCUCACCAAGAUGCGCCUACUGCAAUGGACCCAUUCUCGAUAAAUGCGUCACGGCAUUAGAGAAGACUUGGCAUACGGAGCACUUCUUCUGCGCGCAAUGCGGCCAACAGUUUGGGGAAGAAGGGUUCCAUGAAAGGGAUGGCAAGCCCUACUGUCGGGCUGACUACUUCGACAUGUUCGCGCCCAAGUGCGGCGGAUGCAACAAACCCAUCAUGGAGAACUACAUUUCCGCUCUAAACACACAAUGGCAUCCAGACUGCUUCGUAUGCAAGGAUUGUCAAAAUCCCGUCAAGGGUAAAACAUUCUAUGCCAUGGAAGGAAAACCGGAAUGCCGAGAACCUUUCCACGGCGGUUCAUUCUUCGAGCACGAAGGCCAGCCGUACUGCGAGACCCACUACCACGGCAAGAGGGGCUCCCUCUGCGCCGGCUGCCACAAACCCAUUGCAGGGAGAUGCAUCACCGCCAUGUUCAGGAAGUUCCAUCCAGAACACUUCGUCUGCGCCUUUUGCCUUCGACAACUGAACAAGGGAACCUUCAAGGAACAAAACGACAAACCCUACUGUCACGCGUGCUUUGACAAACUCUUCGGA